AAGCAGUCAUGCUUCAGAGUCAUAUAAGGGUGUUGCCAUUUUGCAGUAGUAGUUUAUGAAUUUUAUCUAUUUAAAAAUAAUGGACUUCUUACGAUGAUAGUUUAAAACCUUUUUAUGACGUGUAUUUUUAUUUUUAGUGCUUUAAAAAACAUAUCCUCUAAUCAAAUUAUAAGGAAUUGUAAUGCAGCUGACUAUAGGAAGAUAACAUAGAAGUGUCAGAUAUGUUAAACAGCAAAACUAAGCAUGCUCUCCACUGUGCAUUAUUGUUUUCAGUUAUUAUUAUUUUUGAACUCUUAACUGGAGGACUAAAGUUAUCAAGUGAUGAAACAGUUAUAGAUCCAUGGGUCAAAUAUGGAUUCACUAUUACGAUAAUUCUGUACACUCUUAGAUUUCUGGCAUUUUUACCUUUACCACAGAUUCUUCUGAAUUUUGCUGGGCUCACAUUAUACAAUGCCUUCCCUGACAAUGUUAUUUUGAAAGGUAGUCCACUAUUAGCCCCGUUUAUAUGUGUAAGGAUAGUUACUCGUGGUGAUUAUCCACAACUAGUGAAGAACAAUGUAAGCCGUAAUUUAUCGAAGUGUUUGAGUGCCGGUUUAGAACAUUUUGUAAUUGAAGUUGUGACUGAUAAACCUAUUCAUCUGAUGAAGGAUAGACGGGUUAUAGAAACUGUCGUACCUGGAAAUUACAAAACUAAAUCUGGUGCUUUAUUCAAAGCUCGUGCCCUGCAGUAUUGUUUAGAAGAAGGUGUUAAUACUUUAUCUGACUCUGAUUGGAUUGUACAUCUUGAUGAAGAAACACUCUUGACAGAAAAUUCCAUUAGAGGUAUAUUGAAUUUCGUCAUAGAUGGGAAGCACUCAUUUGGUCAAGGAUUGAUUACAUAUGCAAAUGAAGAGGUUAUCAAUUGGAUUACUACUCUUGCUGAUACUUUUAGGGUUGCAGACGAUAUGGGAAAACUUCGUUUUCAGUUUUUAAUGUUUCAUAAACCCCUUCUUAGCUGGAAAGGAUCUUACGUUGUCACUCAGGUGAAAGCAGAACGUGACGUUACAUUUGAUAAUGGAUUGGAUGGUUCAGUUGCUGAAGACUGUUUUUUUGCUAUGAAAGCAUUUAAAAUGGGAUAUACAUUCAAUUUCAUUGAAGGAGAAAUGUGGGAAAAAUCGCCUUUCACUCUUGGUGAUUUCUUGCAACAGAGGAAACGUUGGCUCCAAGGAAUCCUUCUUGUCGUACGUUCGAAAAAAAUUCCUUUGAAAAAUAAAAUAUUUCUCAGUAUUUCAUGUUAUUCAUGGGUUACAAUGCCACUUUCAACAUCAAAUAUAUUAUUAGCUUCACUGUGUCCAAUUCCUUGUCCUCCUUUAAUAGAUUUCUUAUGUGCUUUUAUUGGUGCUGUAAGUAUUUAUAUGUAUAUUUUUGGUGUCAUUAAAUCAUUUUCAUUAUAUCGUUUUGGUGUCAUAAAAUUUAGUCUUUGUAUCUUUGGUGCCCUAGCUACUAUUCCAGUCAAUGUUGUCAUUGAAAAUGUUGCUGUAAUUUGGGGUUUAUUAGGAAAGAAGCAUAAAUUUUAUGUUGUAAAUAAAGAUAAUCGACCUCCCUUGACUGUUUAAUUCUUAAAUGAAUAAGUUAUAAAUAUCAAGAUUGGAUAAUAAUUCAAUUUAUUUAAAUUUAGUUAUACAUUUCAUAAAGUCUUUGUUCUUUUAGUUUUAAAGAAUCUGUUCUAACCUUAUAGUCAUGACAGUCCUCAUUCAUACCAUAUAAUUGUAAAUAAAAUAAUAAUUGUUUGCAGCCAAAAAUUAUAUCUUUUCAUAUUACACCAAUUUAAAACUGGUGUCAUGUUAUUGAGUAUCUAAUCAUUCUUUAUAUAAAAUCAAUAUGGUUUACAGUCACAUUAAAACGUAAGGACACCAUAUGUAUAAUUUAUUUAUUUAUUUAAUUUUUUUUUAUUUCUAUUGCAGCGAUUGAUGAAUUUCAUUGUAAUUAAAAUACUAUUAUUAUUUCAGUUAUUUGUUUGUGUGUGUGAGUAUGUAUUAGCUGUUCCUUAGACGGUUAUUUUAAGUACUACUUGUCCAUAAUAUAAGAGAUUACAGAUUGGAUAAAGUUGGCUGUGUAAUGUCCAUUUAUUAUAUUGUUUACUAAAUAAAUCUCUUAGUUAUGUUGGUUAUUUUUUUAAUUUGUAUUUAUAAUUAUUAACAUCACAGAAAAGAAACACCUCUACUUAAUUAGUUAUAGCACAAGAAGUGUAAAUGAUAUAGUAAGACUGAACAGUUAAAUAUUUUGUUUUCUUAUUCUGUAAUAUUGGUGUUACAUAAAAGGAUCAUGUAGAAAUCUUAGUUAAAAUUAGUUUUUUAUUUUAUUACUUUCUCACUACCGAAGGUAGGGAAGCAUUGUAUUUCUUUAUUGUGUAUUAUUCAAUAUUCCCUUAAACUAAUACCCUUCCAGAAGUAUAUCUCUUGCUUUAAACCAAUUUCUUUAUUUAUAGUCACCAUUGGUUACACGCUGUGAGUGUGUGAAUAUAAAUAAAGUUAGUAUGGUUCCAUUAUUUUUAAAUUUAAGUCUUAUGAUGCAAAAGGUACCUUUAAAUUAUUUGGCUUUCUCUAUGACUUAUUUUUCUAUGAUUAUUUAUGCACUUUUCUAAUAUUUAAUGUUCCCAUCUUACAAUUUUAUUUAUUAUUUUAAAUUACAAAAUAUUUAAUGAAAAUAAUCAGUUUCUUGUGAGAUGACCUGACCAAUUACUAGGAUACUCUAAUCUUGUUUGUAAUAAUAACAAUUCUCAUCUAAAAACACUUAUUGCAUGCACAUAAUUAAUUGAAGUUUAUUAAUUUAAAAAAAUUGAUAUUAGCUGUGUUCCUAGAUUAUUUUGGUCUAAGAUUAGUCGAUAAUGCAGUUUUUACAUGAUUCCUCUUUAUUUUGGUCAGUUUUAUAUAUAUUUGCAAGAAUUAAGAGUAAUGUAUUAACCAUGGACAAGUGCUUAUUAGUUUAUUCUUAUAUAAUUUUAUUUAUGCUACAUUUUUAGUUUUUAUAGCUGAUUGUCAGAGCCUUGUUAAAUUGGCAUAGUAAUGUAAGUGUUAUAAUUAUUUUUAUUAUUGUUAUUAAGAGGUUGAAAGUAUUUAAAACCUAAGAUUAAAAAUUUUAAAUAUAAGUAGUUACAAACAAAGUUGAGAAUUUGUAAGUUUCAUAUAAUUAAUCUUAUUUUAAUGGAUGAAUUCCUUUCUCACAAUUUGAUUGAUAGCUGUCCUAGCACAAAGUCAAUUAUUGGAAUGAUGGAAAUGCUUCUCUAAUUUCAUAUGAAAAACUGUGAUUUAUAACUGAUUUGUAUCAUUUUAGAAGUUUAGAAGAUUAAUAAAUUUUAGGCACCUAAAUUUAUUAUUCUAUGCUUUUAUAAAAUUAAUUCUAGUCAUAAUUUCUAUAGAAUGAGUUAAUAUAGUUGUAGAAUUAACAUUGUUUAUUGCACUAUCUAAUUAUUUUCUCUUAUUUUAGGGGGUCUCAAUAGUUCAAUAGUUUUUGCUUGUUGAAGAAAUUAUUGUUUCAUUUUUUAAAGUGAUGAUUUUUUUAUUUAAAUAUAUGUUUUUCUAGCACCUUUAAAAUCAUUAUAAGCUAAUAGCAUUGGUAUUAUUUUUGGUGACUGAUAGUAAUAGUUUUAUAAAGGAUUGAUUGUGGACUCCCUUUCGCUAUAUCAGUUAUUAUAUAUUAUAUAUAUGUUGUAUCAGUUAUGAAUUCAUAAGUUUUUUUUUUUUUUAAAUAUCAUGAAUUGAACUUAAAUUGUGAUUUUAACAAUUAAUCUUCCAAAAAAUUGUCAUUUUUAUUUUAAUGCAAUAUAUUUUCUUGUAAUUUAAAAAUAUAAAAUUUGAAGUCAUAAUAGUUCUAACUUUUAUCAGUUUAUGGUUUGAACUUUGUUGAUUAAAACAAAAAACAUAUCAUUAUUUCGAACAAUGCAAAUUUAUUAACUUAUAUAAUCAGACCAUCUGUUAUUAACUGAUUACGUCAUUAAUGCAGCAUGAAGAAAGUUGAUUUAUCUCAGAUUAAUUUUGUUAUAAGGUAGUUUACAAAGAGCCUGUGCUGACAUUUAUGUUUUUAGUUUCUAUUUCAUUAUAAAAUAGUUGUGAUCACUUGGCAUAGUAACCAAAUUCCAAAUACUAGCUUUGGCAAUCUAACUACUAAUGCAGUUUUGUAUUGAAAUAGUUGCUGCUUUAAUUUUGGUGUUAAGCUUAUAACUUGAAUAUGAGUUUUCAGACAGGAUCUAUUUUAAUUAACCUAAAUUUUAAUAAGAGCAUUGUAGUGAGUAAAUAAAAUCUUAUGUUAAACAUU